UGUCAUGGAAUAUGAGCUACUUGCAAUGACAAGCACUGCACACUCGACACCUUCUAGUCAAGGCAAUACCACUAUUGGAUCACCUAUUGCAGGGAAAAGAAAGCUGGAAGAAGAGUUUGCCCAACACAAGUCUCGUCGGAGGUCACGUGUACACAAAUCAGAACUUGACACAUACUUGGAAGAAGCAAGGGAGCAGGAUUGUGCUGACUUUGAUGUCUUGGGUUGGUGGAAGAGGCAUGCUGAAAAGUUUCCUAUAUUGGCAUCGAUGGCCCGUGACUUUCUCGCAAUUCCUUUGAGCACAGUGGCAUCCGAAUCAGCCUUCAGUUGUGGUAAGAGGAUACUUGGCGACACGAGAAGUUCUUUGACCCCUGAUAUGCUAGAAGCGCUUGUUUGUGCUAAAGAUUGGUUGUUCAAACCAAAGGAGGGAGAUGGACAGUAAGCACACAGGUAAAAACUUGAAACCAAGAAAA